AUGGGGUCCGGAGAGAUCCCUGGCUCUCAGAGACUGGCAGGCACCUUGCUCCUCUGGAGGACCAUGAAGGUGCUGCUUGUGUGCAUGGCAAGCUGCCUCCUGGUGGUGAAUGGCGGAGACAUCAUCAAUCGCUGUGUCUUGGCCAAGAUACUGCAUCAGGAGGACGUGGAUGGGUUCGAGGGCUACUCCCUGCCUGACUGGCUGUGCUUGGCUUUUGUGGAAAGCAACUUCAACAUAUCAAAAGUGAAUGAGAAUGCAGAUGGCAGCUUCGACUAUGGCAUCUUCCAGAUCAAUAGCCAUUACUGGUGUAAUGACUACCAGAGUCACUCAGAGAACUUCUGCCGCUUGAACUGUCAAGAACUAUUAGAUCCCAACCUCCUUUCAUCCAUCCACUGUGCCAAGAAGAUUGUGUCUGGAGCAGGAGGGAUGAAAAACUGGGUAAAAUGGAGAUUGCACUGUUCAGGCCGGCCACUCUCACACUGGCUUACGGGAUGCCAUCUGUGA